GUUUUGGUUUACCCUUGUGGAAUUCAUUAUAAAGUACAUGCGUGUAGGAUAGCGAAUAAAUUUGUUAUUUCAGUGAUAAUGAUGAUGUUAUGCUAUCGUGAUCGAUCAAUUCCAAAAGAUUUAAACCUUGUACAAUUAUUCUAUAAUUCAUUGAAAAAGUUUGCCAAUAUAUACAAUGUUUACAUACAAUUGAUUUUAUCAGAAAUCAAUAUGGAACAAUUGAAAGAAAUGAUAAAAUUAUCUAUAAAAUGUAAACAUUUUAAAAUCAUAUCCAAUCAAUCAAUUAAUCAUCGUUAUAUUUUUAAUAUAUUACAAAAAUAUAUACAUUGUUUUAAAGAUGCUUUCUACUCUAAUCAUAAUUUCAAUAUAUUUUUGAAAUAUUUGAAGCAUUUUAUUAGCAUGCAAUAUGGUUGCGGUAUUCGGCUAUCCUCUAUUUAUCAUUCAUUUAAAGUACCUGAUGAUAGAUCUUCAAUAUGGCGACCUUAUUUUUAUUCACUUGUAUACACUUUAUUAAAUGGUUUAGUUGUCUUCUACUUGAAAAAAUAUUUUCGAUGGUGUGAAUUUAAUACUGUUGUACCGACAGUAGCUUAUUUCACAUAUGAAAGUUGGAAGAAGUUGAGUACUAAUUUUAUCACUGAUUUAAUUAAAAGUAAUAUCAUUGAGAAUAAAAUUAAUCAUAAUUCAAUAUCAUUAUUUUAUUCAAAUGAAUAUAUUAAUAAAACUUAUAUAUUAACACAUAGUAUUGGACGUUUAUCUAUGAAACCUUUAAGAAAAGAUUUUCGUUUAGUUAUUAAUGCUAAUUAUCAAUUAUUAUUAUCAUCUAUAAAGAAUUUAAUUAAUCAAAUUGAAUUCAAUUCAAAUAUUCAAUAUUCAAUUCAAUCUUGUUUAAGUCUUAAUCAACGUUUAAAAUUAAAUAAUGGUUUAUUUGAAUUUUUAAAAAAAUUAAAAAUUGAAUUACCAGGUAUUUAUGCACCAUCUUUAUUAUCGACAAAAUCUGCAUUUAACACUUUGUUAUCAUUUCGUUCACUUGUUUAUUCAAUAGGAUUUCGUCGAUUUUGGAUUGCUAAAUUAGAUAUUUUGGAUUUUUUUAAUCAAAUUAACCAUUCCAAAUUAUUAAAAGUUUUCUCUGAUACUUUAAAUGAAGUCAGCAAUUAUAUGUAUCCAACACCACAUAUACAUUUCCUUGUUCGUGAAUUGGAAUGGUUUUUAAAAGAAUCCAUUAUUUCUAUUGAUGGAAAAUUAUAUUCGUUUAUCAAAGGUAUUCCUCAGGGAUCGUGCGUUAGUUCAGAUUUGGCUAAUAUCUAUUUAGCUCAAUUGGAUCGUGAAUUAUAUAGAACAAAAACUAUUCUUUGGUCUCCUCAUAAAUUCCUACAAAAUGAUAUAUUUAAAACAUCAGAUAUUCAUUUAAAUAAAUGUUCAACUAUUCUACGUUAUUUAGACGAUUAUCUGUGUAUAUCAACUUCUAAAAUUGAAUUACAAAAUUUAAUAAAGAGAAUAAAAACUUCACUUAAUUCUUAUGGAUUAUUAUUGAACGAACAAAAAUCGCAAACUAAUUUAUAUGAUCCAAAUGUUCCUAUAAAGUGGCUUGGGAUUGAAGUACAUUCUAGUUUAACAAUAACUUUACCCAAAAACAACAGUCCACCAAAAUUUUGUCGAUUUUCUGGUCAAUCUUUAUCAGCCAAUGAUUGUAUGCGACGAUUAUGUAAAUUUCGUCUUCAUUGUCCAACUUGGCGCUUCACUUUCCACAAGAUAAUCUAUAAUACUAACAUUAGGCAAAAUGUAUUUAUUUGUAAAAAUGAAAGUAUCCGAAAAACUAAUUAUUUGUUACAAAUAAACGCUAAUCGAUUAGGCAACAAAAUAGCUGAUAUUGUAUGGAUAUCUUUGAAAACGUCACCGGAAAAAGAUAGAUUACUUCAACCUUCGACAUCUCGAAGACUAGCAAGUAAGCGAAAAAUUGAUGUUCUAUUAUGACAAAAGGUUUUUCCCCUUUUCAAGUAACAUGAAAAUUCUUCUUCAUAUCACAAAACACAAGAAAUCGAAAUUGAUUCAAUUCGUUUUAAAAUAGGUUUAUGUAAGUGACCCUUAUAUUAUUUAUUACAUAACAAUAAUGUUUAGAGUUGGCGUAAUUGUAUGAACAUUAGAUAAAGCUAAUAAACUUUCUUAUCGAUAAGUCGUAGAUAGGUAUCGUAAAUACAAAUCCCAUAUAAAUGUUCUCAUACUUCUUAUUUUUUCAUUCAUAAUUAACAAAUACUGUGUGAAUAAACUCUCGCUCUCUAUAAUAUCUAUUAUCUGGAGAUAUACAUUUUCGCAUUUGAAUUGAUAAGUCAAGUUAAAAGAAAACAUGAGCUUCAGUAUGGUUCAAACAAACAACUUUCAGAUCACUGAACAAAUAGAACCUCACUACCGACCAGGUUUCGAUUUCACUCCAGUUAUCUGAUAUUGUUCGUUAUUGUUUCAUGUAAAUAACUGAUUACAUUCUAUAACCCAUUAGAAUAAUGUUUUUGUUCAAAUUUAAAUCUGAACAAAAACUGAACCGAUGAGGAUGCUCGGAUAAGCAAACAUUGAUAAUAAUCACAAGAACUUUCAGUAAUUAACUGAACAAUCAGUAGUUUACAUCUUUUUUGUUGAUUAAGGUCUAAACAACAACUAAGUAGAACAAUCUUAAUUGAUUUUAUUUCAUGGUCUUUCUUCACGCACUUACAAGUGUAUUUGUGUCCGGGUGUAACAUUAAGUUAUGAUAAUACACGAUGCUUAUCAGUUAUGUAUAUGUGAGAAUAAACAUAGGCAAGGUUAUCUGAAGAUGAACAUUAAAGACCUACAAAAGGUGAAGCAGCAAUUACAUAGCAUUAAAAAAAAUCGAAAGAUGGAUUAAGUAAUAACUACCGAAGAUUUGAAAGUUUACAUAAGUUUAUGAUUCCCAACUUUAUACACGUCAUCAAUGUGGAUUGCCUCUAAUUAUAUCAUAAUUCAAUGCUAUAUUCCCAUGCAAAUACGCUUGUAAGUGGAUAAAGAGACCAUAAAAUAAAGUCAAUUCAUAUUGUUCUGUCCCAAAUGUUCUAGCUUUAUUUCAGUUCAUAAACGUAACUAACUAUACGUUCUCUAUGUACUUCAUGAUCGUUACUUGUGUUUUAAUCAUUAACUUAAUAUCGGCAACGAAUUUUUUGACUUAGGCAGGUGUUUUCAUCAUUUUUUCUCGCCUCACAUAAGUUUAGUUGUAUGAUGUUUUCUUUUCAUAAAGCUUUCGCUAAGGAAAGCAUGGUGUGUGAUUAGUUGAAUAUUGAAUGCCAUUUUAUUAAAUGACUGUAUAUUCCAGUACACGAAUAGGGUUAUAAUAACAGUGAUUACAGAAUACAAUGAAAUCAUUUGUCGUUCUUGCUUAAUUGAAAAUUAUGUAGUGAAACAACUGCAUGAAAUACCAGUCUUUCAGAGGUAUUUUUCAAAAUAGUUGACUUGUUUAAAAAAGUCUCAUUCGAUACAUUUAAAGUUGUUAAUAAACAGUCCAACUCUGUCCUAUUGUGAUUUGUUGGAUCCAUACUGGUUAGAAUGGUUAAAUCUGAUUUUCGUAUUCAAAGAGUCACUGGCUGAUCUGUAACCGAAACGAACUAACCAUUUUGACAUUGAUCGGUUCAUGAUUUCAAUGAAACUCAACAAUUUCCACAACCUCAUACUAAAAGUUCAUAAAACUGUCCCUUAUAAUUUAUUUUAGUUAAUAAUUUUCUAAGCUUCAGUUUGAACUAAACUACAAGAUGAUCAUAUCUAAAAAAAUGUUAACAUUUUUCAAUUCGUAAUACUGUUUGUAAUAUUUAAAACGAAUCGCUUUUUUGAGUUGACAAUAUAGUUAGUUAUACGAAAUGAAAUUUUUAUAGACUAAUUUUUUAUGGGAUGAAGCUGUCCCUGUCUACGAUUUUUUUUAGUAUUUCGUGUGUAACCAACUUUUCACUUCAGUAUUGGCUAGCAUUGAGGUUCAUGAUUACUAAGAAUAACCAUGCAUUUUACAAUUUUCAAUUAGUUUACGGUAUUCAGAAUUUUCAGGUGUUUGCGUACGUGCUUCGUAUAACACUUUAUCUUUCAUCGGAGAUGACUUCAUUUGAAAAUCUAGCUUUCACCAUAUUUAGUUUUCUUCGUGUGUCUGUAUUAGGAUGCGCUACACUGACGCAUUCAUAGCAGACAGGUAAGUAUAACUUUAGGUGCUUGAAAUGGAACCCCUAGUAAAAAUUACAUUAUUAUUUGUCAUUCUCACUCACUAAGUGGACCGGAAAAUAUUGGACACCCGAUUCCUAGCAAACAUUUAAAAAAUGGACGGAUAACCGCAGCUAUUCAGGCCGAGUAUCUAAAACAAAGUUCAAUUCACUGUUUCUUCUAAUAAAUUCAUGUCUUUCUUUUUAAAAAAAUGUUAUUUUGCUCCAUUGAAUUAAUAGAACUUACAUUUGAUUGUGUAUGUUUAAAAUUUUAGUUGCUAUGAUUCAUCCAUUCCAUAUGAUACAUUUACAUACUGAUGAUUCAUUCAAAUAAUAUUUAUUUUCAACAAUUUCGUUAGUGUAAUAAGAAGACGAAGAUUAUUAGAACCAUGUGAUAUAUUAGCGCAAUACAUUUUGAACAAUCUAAUCACAUAUAUGCUUGUUAAGAACAUUUAUAUAUUGAAAUAAAAAGUCAACUAGACUGGAAAUGGGGGAGUGAGAAGAGACAAGGAUAAUAAUAACAAUAAUAAUAAUACUGUGAAAACAAGCCCACACACUAGAUCAACCUGUCUUCUGUAAAUAUUCAAAGUUUAUUUAAUUAGAAGGGGUUUUUCGUGGAUAUUUCAGUAUUUUCAUAAUUGAAAUCAUAAGUCAAUUG